GGAGAGAGAGGUAGCAGUCAGUGCAAUGGGAUAGAGGAGAGCGAGGAGGAGGAGGAGGAGAGUGAAUGAGAGCUGCUGGAUCUGCCUUGCCUGCGUGCCUGCCUGUCGUCUGCUGAAGCUGGGUUUACUGCCGCUCCACGCUGCACUGGCACAGAGCAGAGUCACGGCCCAUUUGCACCACCGUCUGCACUCUCAGCACCAACACGGAGCCACACAGCAUCGGUUCUUACCCCAGCGAUACCCACCAGCAAGGAAAUCCAGGGGCAGAGCUCACCAGGCUUUCUCCAUCACCAAGGGGGGGACGCAGCAGCUACAAAAGGAGCCUGACGCUACAAUUUAGGCACCAGCUGCUACUUUAACCAAAUCCCCCUCCACCUUAUCCCAUCCUUACCAACACCACCACCACUCCUCUCUUGCUCCUCCCUAUGCCCUUGUCAGCGGCGGCUCCUCUCACCUCCCUGGCCAGUAUAUGGAUAGAAGCUCCCUGUUUCAGCUCAUACAAGAGCAGCUGGACCCAGACAACACCGGUUUCAUCGCAGUGGAGAACUUCACCAGCUUGGUGGAGCACCAUGAGCUGCAGCUGGACCCGUCCAAACUGGACAUGCUGUUAGCCCUGGUCCAGAGCAAUGAAGAGGGACAGGUGUGCUACCAGGAGCUCAUCGAGCUGAUGAGCAGUAAGCGCUCCAGCAGUUUUCGACGGGCCAUUGCGAAUGGCCGCCGCACGCUGCAAAGGGAGAUCCUGCUGGACGAGACGGGGCUCGGUCUGUACAAGCGUUUUGUGCGCUAUGUGGCCUACGAGAUCCUGCCCUGCGAGACGGACCGGCGCUGGUACUUCCACCAGAACCGCCUGUGUCCCCCGCCUGUCUUCAUCGCCAUUGUCACCAUCGUACAGAUUAUCGUGUUCAUGUGCUAUGGCAUCAUGCUAAACAAGUGGGUACUGCAGACCUAUCAACCCGACUUCAUGAAGAGCCCCCUGGUCUAUCAUCCCGGCCACCGUGCACAAGUGUGGCGCUUCUUCAGCUACAUGUUCAUGCACGUUGGUUUGGAGCAGCUGGGGUUCAACGCUUUACUGCAGCUGAUGAUUGGCGUUCCUUUGGAGAUGGUCCAUGGCAUCUUACGAAUAAGUCUGCUUUACAUGGCAGGAGUGCUGGCCGGCUCACUGACAGUGUCCAUCACCGACAUGCGUGCUCCAGUGGUGGGGGGCUCCGGAGGGGUCUAUGCUCUGUGCUCAGCGCAUCUGGCCAACGUCGUCAUGAACUGGGCCGGGAUGCGUUGUCCGUACAAGCUGCUCCGCAUGAUCCUGGCGCUAGUUUGCAUGAGUUCAGAGGUGGGUCGUGCAGUCUGGCUCCGCUUCUCACCGCCGCUGCCCUCCUCGGGGCCCCAGCCCAGCUUCAUGGCACACCUAUCGGGGGCCGUGGUCGGUAUCAGCAUGGGGCUGCUGAUUCUGCGCAGCUAUGAGGAGAGUCUGCAGAAACAGUGCUCUUGGUGGGUCAUCGUCUUCUCCUUCAUCACCUUUCUUCUCUUCGCCAUCUUCUGGAACAUCUUUGCAUAUGAGCUCCUGGGAGUGCAGAUACCGCCACCUCCCUGAUGAAGCCCCCCCCCCCCCCCCACCCCACCCCACCCCACCCCACAGGUCGUCCUCCACAUACACACUGACUCCAACCCUGCUCCAAACAAAGGCUCCCCUUUGACCAUAGUUAACAUUUCCUCUAAAGUUAAACCCAAAUGAAAUGAUAUAUCAUUCGAAACUAAAAAUCAACCAAGAAUCCUUUUUUACAGAUACUUUGCAAAUCAAAGAAAUAUGUCUCUUUUAUUAAAGAGGGAUUACAGUAGCAACACGUACAGGUGAACGUUCCUCAGAUCCAUUUUGAGGAGCAUUAUAUCUUUUUAUACAUACGUUGAAAUUUCAUCCACAUUACGAGCACUAACCUUUCAGUGAGCAUUUAGCCAUUGUGCUCUUUAUUUCAGAGCCUUUUUGAACAGCUGUUUCAUCAGUCGUUUCUUUGAGUGCAUCUUGCAUACACGUAAAGAAGAAUCCGAGUUGAUGACGCGUGUCUGUGGUGAAAGGGAAAGACAAUUAAAGGGAGGAAAACAUUAAGAUUAAGAGAAGAAUUUCGGGAAGAGAGUUUAUUUCUGGGGGCAGCAAUAAAAAAAAAUACAGAAGCACCAAUGAAAUAUGAUUGCUGAUAUGAUUUUUUGAUUUCCCAGCCCUGCUGUAACUCACAGAGAUCACUGGCUUUUUGCAAAAUUGCUGGCUCACUGAUUGAAAAACAAAAAACAACCGAUAGAACAAAUUGAGCUGCUAAGAAGGACCUUCAGCCCGAUUAUAAGACAUCAGUCAAAAUUCUUUGCCCCCGAGUGCAAAUGGCUUUACCACAGGAAGGAG